GUGCUGAAAUAGCAGCGAGGACAAGGGACUUGGCUCAGUGUUAAAUAUCUGCUGAGCUGCCCGAAGGUUCUGAGAUGACAAUAGGGGGAAUGGAGAACGUGGAGGUCUUCACUUCUGAGGGCAAAGGCAGGGGUCUGAAGGCCACUAAGGAGUUCUGGGCUGCUGACGUCAUCUUUGCCGAGCGGGCUUAUUCCGCAGUGGUCUUUGACAGCCUUGUGAAUGUUGUGUGCCACACCUGCUUCAAGAGGCAGGAGAAGCUCCAUCGCUGCGGGCAGUGCAAGUUUGCCCAUUACUGUGACCGCACCUGCCAGAAGGAUGCUUGGCUGAACCACAAGAACGAGUGUUCAGCCAUCAAGAGAUACGGGAAGGUGCCCAAUGAGAACAUCAGGCUGGCGGCGCGGGUCAUGUGGCGGGUGGAGAGAGAGGGCGGCGGGCUCACGGAGGGCUGCCUGGUCUCCGUGGACGACCUGCAGAGCCACGUGGAGCACUUCGGGGAGGAGGAGAAGAAGGAGCUGCGGGGGGACGUGGACGCUUUCCUGCAGUACUGGCCGCCCCAGAGCCAGCAGUUCAGCAUGCAGUACAUCUCGCGGAUCUUCGGCGUGAUUAACUGCAAUGGUUUCACGCUCAGUGACCAGAGAGGCCUGCAGGCAGUGGGCGUGGGCAUCUUCCCCAACCUGGGCCUGGUGAACCAUGACUGCUGGCCCAACUGCACGGUCAUAUUUAACAACGGCAAUCAUGAGGCAGUGAAAUCCAUGUUUCACACCCAGAUGAGAAUUGAACUCCGGGCCCUGGGCAAGAUCUCAGAAGGAGAGGAGUUGACCGUGUCCUAUAUCGACUUCCUUAACGUCAGCGAAGAACGCAAGAGGCAGCUGAAGAAGCAGUACUACUUUGACUGCACGUGUGAGCACUGCCAGAAAGGGCUGAAGGACGACCUCUUCCUGGGUGUGAAAGACGACCCGAAGCCCUCUCAGGAGGUGGUGAAGGAGAUGAUACAAUUCUCCAAGGAUACGCUGGAAAAAAUUGACAAGGCUCGCUCUGAGGGUUUGUACCACAAGGUUGUGAAAUUAUGCCGGGAGUGCCUACAGAAGCAGGAGCCAGUGUUUGCUGACACCAACAUCUACACGCUGCGGAUGCUGAGUACCGUUUCCGAGGUCCUCUCCUACCUGCAGGCCUUUGAGGAGGCCUCACACUACGCCAGGAGGAUGGUGGAUGGCUAUAUGAAGCUGUAUCACCCCAACAAUGCCCAGCUGGGCAUGGCCAUCAUGCGGACAGGGCUGACCAACUGGCAUGCUGGCAACAUUGAGGUGGGGCACAGCAUGAUCUGCAAAGCCUACGGCAUUCUCCUGGUGACACACGGACCCUCCCACCCCAUCACCAAGGACUUAGAGGCCAUGCGGAUGCAGACGGAGAUGGAGCUGCGCAUGUUCCAACAGAACGAGUUCAUGUACCACAAGAUGCGCAAGGCCGCCCUGAACAACCAGCCCAUGCAGGUCAUGGCUGAACCCAGCAAGGAACCGGCGCCGGCUCUGUUCCACAAGAAGCAAUGAGGACCUGCCUGGUGGGAGAGGGGCGCCGUGGCUGGGGAACUGGGGAGACAUUCUGGAGGUGGUGGGUUUCUGGGGAGACCCUUGAUGAGGAAAUCAGCAUAACGCUCAGCCUUGUUGCUGCGGGAAUGUCCUACUCUUUUUUUCCCAGUGUCAUUUCGGUUCAUUUCAACUCAGUUCAAUUCAAUUUAACUCUAUCCCAGACCAGUCCAACUCCUCCUACAACUAUUUAUUGGGAUAAAUAUUUAUAGGGAUAAAGAAGCUCCAAAUGUAGCUGGAGAGGCAAAAUGUAAACAAUUAAAGCACAGUGUGAUAAUAAAUGCAAUGGUAAACUCUAUGGAGAGAGGGGGUACAGUGGAGGGCAUGUGUUUGGUGUGUGUGUGUAGUGGUGAGGGUGUCAUGGAGGAGAUGACAGCUGAGCUAAGGGUGGCAGGUACCUGGAGUCUCAGGUGGCCACUCACCUAUCUGUGCAGGUGUCUCUGGAAUAUUCAGGAUUUGCUGACUGGGAUGGGUGAUGUUCAGUUUCCUCAGGUGAGUUAUGAAGUUAUGGAGUUAUGAAGAAGAGGCUGUCUUUGGGCCUUUUAGGUCCUACUCAGAGAACUGAAACUUCUUCAGAAGGGCACAUACGCAGAAGGAGGGCUUUGCCCAAACCACUUGAGGCCUCAGUUUAAAGUCUGGGUUCCCAGCAUUAUUCUGAAACUACUUCUAGAACACAGAGAGGGAGUGUUUCCUUUCCACACCCUCCCUGCCAAGCCUUGCGAUUCCCAUGACGUGGGGCUACUUGGAUAAUAGCUGAGAUUUUUCUGGCCAUUGGCCUCCUAGGAUUGAAGAAGUCUCUUCAGGGUGAAGUUGAGGGAGAAACUUGGAAACCCACAUACCUGAUGAUCAUGGGUCCAGUGGAAUUGGCCUUUGGGUCUUUUAUUUUGUCACACGUGCCUGGGUGGUCUUUACCAGCUUAGACUUCAUCACUGGCCCCCAGUAAAUCUCUAUUUUAUAGUAACGAAUAAUUAUGACUUCCCUUGCUUGAUUUCUUUCAUUGUCCGUUCCCUGGGUCCUCUGCUUUUCUUACCAGAAGGAAUGUCUAGUCUGGACUCUGCACACCUAGGUGAGGACCUCUUUGGGAGUGUGACCAACUUGCCCUCAUCUCCUGGGAGGCUGCUCUGGUUUCCACCCAAGAGUGUGGGUCUUGGGAAUCAACCAAUCUAGUUGUCCCAUUGUCCUGUUAUCUUCUGGGGUCCCAAACUUCUCACGAAUGUUUUGGGGGAUCCUGGACAAAAGCCCCCCAUUUGAGAGUGUCACCAAGUCUUCUACACUCUCUGGGGCCACCCUUGACCCCAGAGCUCUAGCUAACAUCUUGAGGUCAGGUGAUCGCAUCAGGCGAUCCCAUCAGGCCCCAUAUUUGUCAUCUGUGCCUAAAGUGUCAGUUCCUCCAUCCCCACCCUUUCGUCCUCAGAAUGAUCCACUGCUUCCCUUGUAACCUGACCAACAGCUCUGCCAAUGUGCCAAAAACUUUGUCCAAAAACUCUGCAAAGGUGGCACCUCUUUGCAGAAUACUGGUACCUGGCACUUGGCUCUUCACUGGGGACACUUGCUUCUUCAGAACUUUCACAGGGAGACUGACAGUUCUUCCAAGCUCAUGUAAGGAUGGCACUAGCCCUCUGCCGGGGACCUAACUGCGCCAGUUCAAAUGGUCCCUCUUCUAUCCUCAUAUGAAACCUUCCCCCAAACCUCUUCCCUUCUUUGUCACUGUCACCUGCCACACCGCUGGUCAUUCCCCCACAUUCAUGGUCUUCUUUUCCAUCCCCUCUUCCUCAAAUUUGGUGUCUUCAAAGUCCACUUUCACAAACCAUCUAAACCACUUGUUUUACAGAUUCUUUAUUUACUCAAUUCCAGGUGUCUUUCCAUUUCCUCCAUUAAAACCCUCUCUUAGUUACACCCUGGACACUGUCAUCACCCAUAAUUUCUCCAUGUUUUGGCUGCCCUCUGUGGCAUGCGGGAUCCUAGUUCCCCGACCAGGGAUCGAACCUGUGCCCCCGCACAGUGGAAGGGCGGAGUCUUAACCACCGGACCGCCAGGGAAUUCCCAAUUUCUUCAUUUUUGAUGUCUAACUCUCUGGUCAUGGCUUCCCAUCUGUUCACUUCUCUUUUUCCUCCACCCCUGAUAACUAGAUGACAUCGUAUUUUCUCCAGUGUGUCACCCUCCUCCUGUCUUCACAUCUUUCCGGAUAACCAGGGCAUCAGCCUCUUUUCCUUUUUGCCCAUCCCCCAUUCCUACUCGGCAGAGUCCAGUCCUGGAUGAAUCCAGCUGUCUUGUUUUUCCUCUGUUGCACCUGGAGGUCUGAGCACAGCCAGGAAAAGGGCACCUCUCAGCCCAGGCGCCUCCAUGGCCUCCUCUCCAACCUCAGCUGGCCUUGGGGUGCAGCCCAGGCGUGCUCCUGUGCUUCUCAUUGGCUCUCCCUUUGCCCAGUGGUUAUUUCAGGUCUUCACUUCUGUCCUCGAGCGAGUCCUCUGCUUUCAGCAGAACCCCAUCUCCUGCUUCAUGGAGAGUCCAGGAGAUGGGAUUCCUCAAUUUCCUCUUCCCACGUUCACACAUGUUGUGUCUGUGCUCAUCCUUCCCGCUUCCUUCUCACACCCGUGGAAUGGGAGCCCCUGUCCUCCAAAGCCAAACUCUCCACCUAUGCUUUGGACCCCAUCCCGUCCUAGGUCCUUGGGGCCUUGCUUCCCGUUUAUUCCUUCUCACCCUGGAUUCUUCACAUUUCUCUGUCUACUGGCUUCUUCAAAGCAGUUAAUAGACGUGCUGGGGACACUUUGAUCAUAAUCUUCAAGGCUGAGUAUUUUUUAAAAAGGCUUUGUCUCCCACAGUUAUUAUCUGCCUUUCUUUACUUUCCAUUUCUUCCUGAACCCACUGCAGCCUGGCUUCCUGAGUCCAUGAACGUGGUUCCUCCCAUGGUUGACUCUUGUGGGGACUUUUCAGCCCUCGUGUUAUUUGGCUUCUCUGCCUCAGCUGGCCUCACAGCCCUUGAUUUCCAGGCACCGUAUCCUUGCGAUGAUCCUCUAAUGAGGUUUCUCCCCUGGCCCCGUUUCUCUCCUGCCCCUGAUAGGCUGGCAUUUCCUGGAGCUGGUUUUGUUCAUUUGGGUCACUCUCAGUUUGUCCUCAUCUCUCUCUGCACACCCUCCCCCAUGAACUCAGCCAGGCCCUUCGUUUAAUCACUGCCUUGAGGCUGAUGUCCUUAAAUCUGUACCCCUUGACCUUGCUCUUGAGCACCAGCCCCGCCUACCCUCUUGAACGUUCUGCAGGCACAUCAAACUUGGCGUGUCCAAAAGGAAGCUCCUUCUCAUUCCUUUCUCUCCACCCCGACACCUGUUCCUCCUUAGCGCUGCCCUCUUUCCACCCCUGAGGACAACAUCUGACUUCUGUUCUAGUCACUGCCUGAGUAUCUACCGCAUCUGAGACGUUAGUCAGAUCCACUCAGUCACGGGUCCCCGGGUGACCCAUGUUUUCCUGUGCCUCUCUGAGAUUUGAAACAUUCUCUCUAAAAUACCCGAAACCUGCCAACUCAGAUUCAUCGUUCAACACCCACUUUGGAAAUCACGCCUUCUGUGAAGUCUUCCCUGAAAGCCUUAGAUUCAGCUGGCUGCCUGUCUGAGUCUGUCAUAUUAUCCUUGACUCUCCCAUCAUCACACUCCCCUCAUGGCCUUAGAUUUGCCUUUUCACUUGUCUGCCUCCACCAUCAGAUUGUGAGCCUCUGGAGGGCAGGAGCUUUGUUCCUUUAUUCAUCUUUCUAUCCCCAGAACCUAGCACAUGUCCUGGGACAUAGUAGGUGGUCAGUUAAUGUGUAUUGAAUGAAUGAAUGAAUGAAUAAGUGAAUGAAUUUGCUUAGAUCAGAGCAGAAGAGACAUGAAACUGUGUAUCUCGAGUUUUUAUGUUACCGCAGUCCACAGAGGCCAUUAAAUUUUCUGUAUUUCCAAGCAAA